AUGCCCGCCCUCGUGUCGGGGCUGGAGCGACUGGCGGAGGCGUACAUAAACCUGGCCAUGGUAAACACCACCAAGUUCCACAACAAGAAGACGGGCGGGAUCACUUUCGCCGAAGCCGUGCCCACGGGCAAGCCCACGCUAGACCGCUGCCUGCGCGAUCGUGGCUUGGGUCUGGCGGCAGGCUCUCGGGGUAGAGGGAGCAGCAAGAGCAGCGGCGGUGGGAGAGUCAUGCCGAGGGUCGUGGCGAGGCCCCCGGCGGUGAGGCCGGACGCAGACUAUCGGGGAACGCCGACGAUAGUGGGAUUCCAGAACUCUUUUUCCAUCACCGACAGGGAAGACCCCGCCGCCCGCAAGCGUCGGCUGCGUGUCUUCACGUACACGAUCGUGCCCCUCUCGCCGGACUCGGGAGUGCUGGAGUGGGUGGAGGACACGAUGCCCUUCGGGUCCUACCUCACCGAUCGGGGCUCGGGCAGGGCGGGCGCCCGCCGACGUUGCUUCCCGAAGGACUGGCUCCAUGCCAAGUGCCGGACGCACCUCAAGAACGCGGUGGACACGCGCAAGGGGUACAAGGAGGUCGAGGACAGCUUCCACCCUGCCUUCCGCUUCUUCUUCCUCGAGAACGUUCCGGAGCCGUUCGCGUGGAAUAACAGCAGGCUCACCUUCACCAGGAGCGCGGCGGUGAGCUCGAUCGUCGGCUACAUCCUCGGCAUCGGCGACCGGCACGCGCACAACAUCCUGGUGCACCAACUUACCGCCGAGGGGGUCCACAUCGACUUCGGUGUCACCUUCGAGCAGGGCAAGGCGCUGUCCACGCCGGAGACGGUGCCGUUGCGCCUCACCCGCGAUGUCGUCGACGGCAUGGGCGUCACCGGCACGGAGGGCGCGUUCCGACGGACUUGCGACGCCGCCAUGCGCGUGCUCCGCUCCGACGCCCCCAGCGUCCUCACCAUCCUCGAGGUCCUGCUGCACGACCCCCUCUACCGGUGGAUGCUGUCCCCGCUCGCCGCGCGGCAGCGGCAGCAGGAGGAGGAGAAGGUCGGCGGCGGCGGGGCGGCGGCGGAGGAGGCGGCGGCAGCGAUGGUGGCGGUGGCGGGGGAAGACGCCGGGGUCGGCGGGGACGCUGCCCAGCGGGCGCUGGCGAGGAUCAAGCACAAGCUGCAGGGGUACGUGGACCCGAACGGGGACGCGAUGAACGUGGAGGGGCAGGUGAAGCUGCUCAUCAACCAGGCGAGGGAUCCGGAAAACUUGUGCAAGCUCUACCCAGGCUGGGCGCCGUGGCUGUGAUAUUCUUUUCUCUUUUGUUGGGGCGUGCGGUGCGUUGUGUUCUCUUGAUAUAUGUCUUAGGGGUUUCGGCGAUUUUGGGAUGGUGUUGUAGACGUGUGAUGAGAUCGUUGAGUUUUGUGUCGCCCUGAAAGCUGGGCUGGUGAAGUCAGGAGAUCCUACCGGUGCUGCCUAUACAGUACAUGUAAAGUAAAAGUUGGAGAUUGUUAACCAGCCGCGUCGAAGAACGACACGCCCCGCUUUCUCCCAACUCCCGCUCCGGAUUUUUAAGGAAAGCGGUGUUGUGCUUUGCGGACUUAUUCUGGUUGGUCUACGUAGUCUAGUCUCUGUGUUCGGGAUGUUUGGUCCGCCAGGAGUUAUUUCUUGUUUUCUUUAUUGGGCGGUGUUUGGGAGAGUGUUGCCGUAUAGCGUAGACGUGCGUCUAAGCGUAGCGAGUGUCGUUGUUGUGUGGCGACGAGGAUGGCGGUCGUGCUGCCGUGAGUGUGGGUGCUCGGCGACGGUGGCGGUGCGGUGUUUCUUCUUGGUUCGGUCGCUGCGGCACUACUUGGUUGUGUUUGUGUUCACCUUUUGGUGUGAUUUUCAUAGAGGCACGAGCCAGGAUGAUGUUGGAGGAAAAAUGCCACACCAUAAACCUUGUUGUUUCUCUUCCCCUCCCCUCUGCGGCGCUUGUCUCCUUGGUAUAUUUCGCAAGAAGUUCAGUUGUGCAAUAGAAUGCGUUUCCUCCGUGUCCUCAGUUCACCACUUUCC